AAAAAAAAGGAAAGCCAAAGAAAAUUUAUAAAAUGAUAAAGUAAAGUAGGCGAAACAAACGGUGAAGAUGAGAUGAUGACGUUGAUCUGAAAAGAAAAGUGAAAACCGUUGAAAUCCACUCCCAACAGAAGUAGCCUUGGAUUGGCGCUUACAACUCUCACCUCACUGGAUCCAAAUCCAGAUCCGAUUCUCAGAGCUCAUCGAUCGGAGCAGAUCUUCCUUGGAAAUGGACUCGGAAAAUGCAGCAGAGGAAACGACGCCGUCGUCGCUGUCGAGCCUCAUCUCUCUCGCCUUCGCUUCCGCCUCCUCCUCCUCCUCCUCCGCUCAACAACCUUACUUCUCCGAGCUCCUCUCCUUCAAUCUCGAUCGUCUCCAAAAGGAGCCGGAGCUUCUUCGAGUCGAUGCGGAGCGGAUCCGGAGGCAAAUGCAAGAGGUGGCUGUUGGAAGCUACCGAGCAUUCAUUGCCGCAUCCGGUGCAUUGUCUACUAUUGGAGAACAAGUUUCUGCUAUCGAUAGCUAUCUUGAAUCUUUGAUAAAUGAGACCCCAAAUUUGAUGUCUGGUGGCACUGAAUUUUUAGAAGCUGCAGAAGAGAUUUUAGAGAAGAGGAAGAUGAACCAAACAUUGCUUGCAAAUCACAGUAUAGUGCUUGACUUGCUUGAAAUUCCCCAGCUUAUGGACACUUGUGUAAGGAAUGGAAAUUAUGAUGAAGCUCUUGACUUAGAAGCAUUUGUUUGUAAACUUUCAACUAUGCACCCCAAGUUACCUGUUAUUCAAGCACUGGCUGCAGAAGUCAGGCAGACAACCCAGUCUCUUCUUUAUCAGCUUCUCCAGAAACUUCGCUCAAAUAUUCAGUUACCAGAAUGCCUUCGUAUUAUUGGAUAUCUACGUCGAAUAGGAGUGUUUAGUGAGUAUGAGAUGCGUUUGCAGUUUUUGAGGUGUCGAGAGGCUUGGCUUACUGGACUUCUUGAGGACCUGGACCAAAGAAAUCCUUAUGAGUACUUAAAAGGGAUGAUAAACUGUCAUAGGAUGCAUCUUUUUGAUGUAGUUAACCAGUAUCGAGCAAUAUUUGCUGAUGAUACAUCAGGAAGUGAAGAAAACUAUGACGGUGGGCUUAUUUUUAGUUGGGCCAUGCAUCAGAUUACCUCACACCUUAAAACUCUUAAAGUAAUGCUCCCAAAGAUAACUGAAGGCGGAUCUCUCUCAAAUAUCUUGGAUCAAUGCAUGUACUGUGCUAUGGGGCUUGGUUGGGUUGGGCUAGAUUUUCGGGGCCUGCUUCCAUCACUUUUUGAAGAGGCAGUUCUCAACUUAUUCUCAAAAAAUAUGAGUACAGCAGUUGAAAAUUUUCAGGUGGUCCUGGAUUCACAUCGUUGGGUCCCACUACCAGCAGUUGGCUUUUCAGCAAAUAGUGUUGGUGAUGAUAGUCAGGAGGAUGUCACUCCGCCAUCUUAUCUGAUGGAACAUCCGCCUCUUGCUGUGUUCAUCAAUGGUGUAUCUGCAGCAAUGAACGAGCUACGUCCUUGUGCCCCUAUAAGUUUGAAACAUUUACUUGCUCAAGAAUUAAUUAAGGGGUUGCGGACGGUUUCUGACUCUUUGUUGAGGUACAAUACAACUAGGAUGCUCAGAGAAAGUGAGUCUGGACUUUUCCUCACUCUUUGCCGGGCAUUUAUUGAGGUUGCUUACCCACAUUGUGCUACAUGCUUUGGCCGUUGUUACCCUGGUGGAGCUGCUCUUAUCAUGGAUGCAAAGAACUUAUAUGAUGGAAUUGGCCGCCUUCUGAGAGUCUCUCCCUCAAGAGAUCUUAUCAAACCAGCCAAUACUGCAGAAGCAAAGAGCAUAUCAGAAAAUGGUGACUUGCCAGUGGUCGAAAAUGGACUUAUGCCUGGUGUUGAACAAACCGAGGGCACUGAUGCUGAUGAAAAGGAGAAGAGUCCUACUUUGCAAACCGAUGAAAGGCACAGUGAUGUGUGAAAGCACCUCAACGAGCUAUAAUUUUUCAGCUUUCCGUACCUUAAAACUAAAGGAGAGAGGAGUAGAAUAAAACUGGGUCUUAUCAGUAGCUUGUAAUUAUUUCUGUUCGAAGAUAGAUCAAUUUUUUUAAGAAGUCAAAACCAAGGUGUAUAUUAGAAGAGGAAUAGACCAUCUCAGAGAGAUAUUUGAGCGUAGAUCAGCAAAAAUAGUUAGAAAACUUUAUCCUGUGUCUUUUAUAGUACACAUUCUUUUUUUUUUUUUCUUUUUUUUUUUCUCUUACAUUUCAUUCCAUACAAUGAAAGGCUAUUAUUUUUGAACUCC